UGUCUUCCCUCUUUCCCCCUCCUGUCUCUGUGUAGCGUGCCAUGAGCUGAAAGUUACUUAGUUAAAAUCUUUUUAUUUUAUUAUUAUUAUAGAAAAAGGGAGCAUGAAGGAGACCUUGAGGGAAGAGCAAAUUGGUGAGUUUUUGGAGGCCUUCUGUCUUUUUGACAAAGAUGGAGAUGGUUGCAUAACCAUCGAAGAAUUAGGCACUGCAAUCAGGUCACUAGACGAAAAUCCAACGCUGGAAGAAUUGCAAAUCAUGAUGAACCAAGUGGAUACCGACGGCAAUGGAACCAUAGAAUUCGGGGAAUUCAUGAAUCUCAUGGCCACAAAAAUGAAGGAAAGUGAAGCAGAAGAGGAAUUGAAGGAAGCUUUCAGGGUGUUUGACAAAGAUCAAGAUGGUUACAUAUCGGCCAGCGAGUUGAGGUCAGUAAUGAGAACUAUUGGAGAGAAGGUAACAGAGGAAGAAGUGGAGCAGAUGGUGAAAGAGGCUGAUUUAGAUGGCGACGGUCUCGUUGAUUAUCAAGAGUUUGUGAAGAUGAUGUUGGCUGUUUAAUUAAAUAUACACAAUUACAUAAUAAUUUUAGUCUUUGUUUCGUUACUAUUUCCUCAACCUACCUAUAUAUGUACGACGGAAACAAAUAACCAUGCCUCCUUAUUAAUUAUAUAUAUAUUAUUCUCUAUA